AUGCUAAAAAUCCUCAAUUUAUUAUUAGCUAUAGCAUUUUGUACUUUAAAGCUUUUAUCUCCCCCAGAACUAGUUAAGCUUUAUCCUAAUGGAACUAUUCCAUCUAUUACAACAAAUUUAGAAAAAAUACCCAAAAGCAUAAUUAAUGGGAAUGCUGUGUUUUUACCAAGCUCAGGGUGUAAUUAUACCUAUUAUCCUUCGAAAAUAAAUAUAAUUACAAAUUCAAGCUGUGGAAUUCCUUCGGCUGCAAAUGUAACCGGCAUUAUUAUUGUUCUGAAUGUAAGCGAUUCAAUUUAAUUAGAUUAAUUAUUCCUUCACUGCCAGGUUGUUUGAUGCUACGGCUGCCACUAAUACCGCUCUGGGGGAAAUUUGAGCUAUUUUACCCAAUUCCGCCAAAGCGUGGCCAUCUUAUUUUUGGCAUGAUGAGGAUAUUAGUCUUGAAGUUUGGACUUCGACGACUCUUCUUUGGGCUCAGGCUAUUACUCAGGUCCGUGAGGCAUUUUAAUUAUGAAUGUAAUCGAUUCAGAACUAAAUUCCGUUUCUAUACCUUGAAAAGGUAAUGGCUCUAUAUUUAUUGUAGGGAUUUCAAAUAAAUAUAUUGAUAAAUGGAAAUAUUAUUCAAACCAGACCAUUAAUAUUUCCUUCGAGCCAGAUUUAAUCUCUAUAAAGCCAACUCUUACAAUUGCACUUAGUGGAGAUUAUUGCACUGACAAAGAUUUCAUUGAAAAAUUGUAUAAAUUUUUAAUUCCUUUAAAAGUAAGUGAGGUGAAUAUAGAGCUUCUUUUCAAUUAUUCUACUUGCCAAGCUUGUAAAGCUGAAGGCUGUGCCGAAUAUUACUGUCUAAGAGGUAUAUAUGAUGAAAAUCAAGAAAAAUUAAUGAUUGAUAGAACUCUUUAUGAGCAAGCCAUGCUUGAUUAUGUUGUCAAAAAUAAUGCAUAUUUUGGAGAUUUUGCUAUGUUUUUACACUUUACUAUAAGCUACUGCAAAUACGACUACACAGACAGCUGCCAUAAAAAAAUUCUUGAAUUGCUGAAUAUCAAUACUAUUAUUAUAAAGUCGAUUAAAGAAGAAAUAAAUGGAGACUCAAUUAUUGCAAGCCAAAUACAAAGUUGGGCAAAAAGAAAUAUCAAAGAUAACAAUGCGAUUUAUAUUGAUAAUACAGAGGUGUUGGAAAUAGACGGUAUUAAAGAUUAUAUUUGUAGACGCUUAGGGCCUUCGUCGGAUAUAUGCAGUGGAAGGUGCAGCAGCCAAUGCUAUAUGAUGGAAAUAGAUGAUCAUGUUUGUGAUUCUCGGUGCAAAACAGAUUCCUGUGCGUAUGAUAUCGAGGACUGUAAAUUGGAAGAAAAGACAAUUUUAAAAUCAGAAUCAGGCUCAAGCUCAAAUUGAAAUAUAGCACGAAUGCUAGGAUCAGGCUCAAAUUCAAACCAUGGAAAAGACUCAGGCUCAAAUUCAGACCAUGGAAAAGACUCAGGCUCAAAUUCAAACCAUGGAAAAGACUCAGGCUCAAAUUCAAACCCUGGAAAAGACUCAGGCUCAAAUUCAAACCCUGGAAAAGACUCAGGCUCAAAUUCAAACCCUGGAAAAGACUCAGGCUCAAAUUCAAACCCUGGGAAAGACUCAGGCUCAAAUUCAAACCCAGGAUCAGGCUCAAAUCCAGGAAAAGACCCAGGCUCAAAUUCAAACCCAGGAUCAGGCUCAAACCCAGGCUCAAAUUCAAACCCAGGACAAAACUCAGGAUCAAACCCAAACCCAGGGCAUGGUUCAAGUUCAAACUCAGGAAAAGACUCAAAAUCAGACUCAAGUUCUGAUUCAGGCAACACUACAACAAUCCUUAUAGCAAUUCUAGUUCCAGUAGGAGUUUUUGCAUGCACUUUGUCAAUAAUUUAUUGCCGUCGAUAUUAUAAAGAAAAAAAUAUUCACAAAAAUACUCAAAAUCAGACAGCAGAGUUAGCCUCAAGUGGAUAUCACCAGCCUGCACAGUCAAUACAAGCACCAAGACCAGCCCAGCAAGAAAACGAGUAUUCUGCCAAUCAUCGACAAGUUUCAAGGCAAAAUCCACAAGUAAAUCAGCAGCCUUCUCGUCGUAAUUUGAUUGUAAGACAAGAGGAUAAUCAGCCCAGCUCUCGGUCUCGUAACAAUAGGAGCAGACAUCAGCCUUCUGGAAUUAAUAAUUAUGAGCCAAGAAUAGACCAGUCUGUUAGCCUGGAACAAAAUUCAAGGCCAAAUUCUCAGUGAAUAGCCCCUGUAACUCUCUCGUCUUAUAAUUUUUUGAUAAUGAAAAUAAUCUAAAAAAUCCUCCAAUUUUAAAAAAAUAAAAAAAUUCUACUCUGGUUCAGCUUGUCAGAUUAGCUCCAAUACAAAACCCUCAAGAAAUCCAACAGGCAAUUGCUUUCCAUAAUCAGUAUGUCUGAAUGCCUCCAAUACAGAAUUUGCAAGAAAUUCAGCAGGCUAUUGAUUUUUAUAAUCAGUAUGCUGGGCUACCUCACAUACAAAAUUCUCUCGCAAUUCAGCAGGCAAUUAUUUUCUAUAAUCAAUAUGCCGGAUUACCUCCUAUACAAAAUUUAAGAGAAAUUCAGCAGGCUAUCUAUUUUUAUACCAUAAAAAAAAUAGCAUCGAUCAAGAGAAAUUAGCUUGCCUUGGGAAUUUCUGAAUAGCAGCAGCGGUUUAACUUUGGGGAUGAUAAAGUGCACAGUGCGGCAAGAGGCUUAGGCUUUUGAAACUCAGAAAAACUGAAGAAGGUAACCCUAAGGCAGAUCACGCGCAAGAGCUAAGUCUGACAAGGCGACAGCAGCGAACUGGGUGAGAAGUGCGAUCGGGCGGGCUACGAUAUGAUUAACAGAAUUGCCCAGGUGUGAGUGCUAUAGGAGGCACUAUGGCCUGCGAAGUCACCAAUUCCUUAGAAACGGUGCUGCACAGGACACCUCAAAUACCUUUUUAAUUAAGUAAUUAUUUUUUAAUAAUCAAUUUGCUGGAUUCCCUCCAUUGCCAAAUCCUUAUCAAAUUCUAGAAGCUGUUGUCCUCUUUAACCAAAAUGCAAAUUUGCGACCAUUACAAAGCCCUCAAGAAAUUUGGCAGUUUUUACGUCAGCUUUAUCAGUCAGCAAUGCAGGAACUUGAAAAUUUGCAGCGUCAAGCUAAUAACCCUUUUCAGCCAUCAGCUCCUCAAGCUUCUGAAGCUAGUUCAAGAAGAAGCUCAGUGCAUGAAGUGCAUAAUUGCCCAAUUUGUUUAAUCUUUUGACUAUUUUAUAUUUUUUCUAAAAUUUAAAAAAUAUUUUUUAAUAAUUUUGCAUUAGAAUUUUAUAGGAGUUAGAUGAUAUUGAUCAGAGCGAGAUUAAAAUUACAGCAUGCAUGCAUAUUUUCCAUGAAAAUUGUUUGAGAGUAUGGAUAGAAAAUGGGGCUAGGAGGGCUAUGUGCCCUAUUUGCAGAGCAUCUCUUUCAUAG